AUGGGCUGCGACGGCCGCGUGUCGGGGCUGCUCCGCCGCAAUCUGCAGCCCACGCUCACCUACUGGAGCGUCUUCUUCAGCUUCGGCCUGUGCAUCGCCUUCCUCGGGCCCACGCUGCUGGACCUGCGCUGCCAGACGCACAGCUCGCUGCCCCAGAUCUCCUGGGUCUUCUUCUCGCAGCAGCUCUGCCUCCUGCUGGGCAGCGCCCUCGGGGGCGUCUUCAAGAGGACCCUGGCCCAGUCGCUGUGGGCCCUCUUCACCUCUUCUCUGGCCAUCUCCCUGGUGUUUGCCGUCAUCCCCUUCUGCCGUGAUGUGAAGGUUCUAGCUUCAGUCAUGGCGCUGGCGGGCCUGGCCAUGGGCUGCAUCGACACUGUGGCCAACAUGCAGCUGGUGAGGAUGUACCAGAAGGACUCGGCCGUCUUCCUCCAGGUGCUCCAUUUCUUCGUGGGCUUUGGUGCUCUGCUGAGCCCCCUUAUCGCCGACCCCUUCCUGUCUGAGGCCAACUGCUUGCCUGCCAAUAGCACAGUCAACACCACCUCCAGAAGUCAGCUGUUCCACGCCUCCAGGGUACUGGGCCAGCACCACGCUGAGACCAAGCCUUGGUCCAACCAGACACUCCCUGGGCUGGCCCCGAAGGAUGGGGUGGGGACCCGAGUGUCCUAUGCCUUAUGGAUCAUGGCCCUCAUCAAUCUUCCAGUGCCCAUGGCUGUGCUAUUUCUGCUGUCCAAGGAGCGGCUGCUGACCUGCCCCCAGAGGACACCCCUGCUCCUGUCUGCAGAUGAGCUCGCCCUGGAGACACAGCCUCCUGAGAAGGAGGAUGUCUCCUCACUGCCCCCAAAGUUUCAGCAACACCCAGGACACGAGGACCUGUUCAGCUGCUGCCAGAGGAAGAACUUCAGAGGAGCCCCUUAUUCCUUUUUUGCCAUCCAUAUCACUGCUGCUCUGGUCCUGUUCAUGACGGAUGGGUUGACGGGGGCAUAUUCUGCCUUUGUGUACAGCUAUGCUGUUGAGAAGCCCCUGUCUGUUGGACACAAGGAGGCAGGUUACCUGCCCAGCCUCUUUUGGGGUUUCAUCACCCUGGGCCGACUGGUCUCCAUUCCCAUCUCCUCUAGAGUGAAGCCAGCCACCAUGGUUCUCAUCAACGUGGUCGGCGUGGUGAUGACAUUUCUGGUGCUGCUUAUUUUCUCCUACAAUGUCGUCUUCCUGUUCGUGGGGACAGCAAGUCUGGGCCUGUUCCUCAGUAGCACCUUCCCCAGCAUGCUGGCCUACACGGAGGACACCCUCCAGUACAGAGGCUGUGCGACCACAGUGCUGGUGACAGGGGCAGGAAUUGGCGAGAUGGUCCUGCAGAUGCUGGUCGGCUCGAUAUUCCAGGCUCAGGGCAGCUAUAGUUUCCUGGUCUGUGGCGUGAUCUUUGGCUGCUUGGCUUUUACCUUCUAUAUCUUGCUCCUGUUUUUCCACAGGAUGCACCCUGGACUCCCAUCAGCUCCUGCCCAAGACAGGACGCUCGGGAUGGAAAGCUCCGAGUGCUACCAGAGGUAAAGCUGGGUGAAGGAGGCAAGCAAAGACUUCCAGCCUCUCAGUCUUUUGAGCACCAGUGUCACCAAGCUGGAGAUGGCAGUGGAAGCCAUCUCUCAAUGAGUUUGUUCAAAUCUUCUCCACUAAUACUUGGUUGGGUAGAAAAAAUUAAAUUAAGUCCUGGCACCUGGGUCCAAAUCAUUAGCAGUUUACCUGGCUGCUCAA